AUGAGCAUAUUUCAAGACUUCUCUAGGAAUUUCUGGCUGAUUAGGACGUUUCUUUUUGUAUGUUCCCACCAUCCUACAAACAGUAAGAAGUUACUGAAAGAUCAUGGGGCACAUCCGGACAAACACGAAAAUGAAGCAAGGGGCAGUUCCGGACAGUCCGAACCUGCCCCACAUCUUUUGUCCGAACGUGCUCCAUCUAUGGAUGAUUCAGUUUACAUUGGAAAUAAUGAAGAAGAAGUCCAUCCCAUGAAAAUAUACGAAGUACUGGCGAAUUUUCAAAAAUAUCGAAACAAAUACAAAGAUCCCCUGAUAUUGCUACUUUACGUCACACUGGAACCUAUGAAAUUCAAGAUCAUUCUACUGGUUCUACAUUAUGUUACGUUCCAGUUUUCUUUCGCAUUAUGCCUCACUAUUUAUCGCAUGUUAUCAACAUUCGAUAAAGAAAUUUUGUUGAAACAUGGCUCUUUCGGUGGAAUUGAAAUAUUUGUUUUAAUAAACCUCUGGACAGUUUUGCUGAAAUACAAAGACAUAAUGUGGUUUUCUGAUACAUUCCAGUCAAUAGGAAUACCGCUUAAUGCAGAAGUCAUUGGAGAGAAGAAAUACAACAAACUUUGCUCCAAAAUAUUUGUGUUGAGGCUCAUUGUACUGAUCAAUUAUGGAUUAGCCUUGCUGGCUGCUUUAGGAUUCACUUUAUCCCCAGAGUAUUUCAACAAAAGAACCUAUUUGGCUGUCUGGAUACGUGAGAACUUUCCAAAUUACUCCGAAUAUAUCUUGACAUUGAUUCAUAUGUCGAACUUUCCAGUAGCCUUGGUACUAUCUGCUCUUGCUAUAGCUAUGUCGUAUUUCGGCUAUUCCGCUGUUUUUCAACUCAUUUUUAUUAAUGAAGCUGUAAAAGGAAUAUGUUAUUCGACUAUUCCUUUACAUCAACGCUACUCUUCACAACUAUAUCAGACUUCAGUUAGAACAAGACUCAAAAUAAGUAUCAUGCUUCAUACCCUUGGAAUUCAAACAUCUUUGACAGCAAUGAAGAUUAUUUAUUUUCCGCUGAUUGCCUUUUCUCUGGGUGCCGUCGUAUUGGGGGGUUCAUUACUGCUUGAAUUCUUCACGAAUGACUCGACUCAAAUGACUAAUCAAUACUACGGAAUUAUUUGUUUUGCCCUCGCUGGAACCAUUUCAUCGGCCCUCUAUGUGUCAUCAGGUCAAAACGUAAAAAAUGAAUCCGAAAGAACUCUGUAUUUACUCAAUCAACUUCCUUGGUACUACAUGAAUAAAGAAAAUAUAAAAAUCUACAGUAUUUUCACGAAAAGAGCAGAGAGACCUAUUUCAAUGAGCAAUUCCCUUCUGGAGAUAAACUUCUUAUUACUUGUGAGAAUUACCGAGAUCUUAUGGGUAUUACUUGAUUCAUGGGCAGUGCGUGAAAAAUGCAAAUCGAAUAUGAAUAUGGAAAAUCUAAUGUCAAUAUAAUUAAAAGCUCUCUGAAUUCAAGUUUUUUCAAAAAACCCUGGGUUCUGCUAACUUUAUCAUUAAGCUAGCAGAACCCAAUCGUAAAGGAACUUUCCAAAAUAAUUUAACUUACAUAGUAAUUUUAGGCCCAAUUAAGGCCAAUUUAUUAUUCUAUUACGACAUUUUUUGCCCCUCAGGCGAGAUAUCCAGGGUACUACAUAUUAGAUUCAUACUCAAUCAAUCAUUCAAUCACUUAUUCAACAAAGCAUCGCAGAACAGAAGACAAUACUUAAA